AUGCGGUGCGCCGCCGCAGAGGCGGCGCUGCUGCUGCUUUACUGCGCGGAGGACGCGGCGCACGGCCCCGCCGAGCGCCAGCAGCUGGCGCGCCCGGCGUGGCACUCGCUAAUUUCCGAGGCAACAUCCUUUGGGGGUCGCGGCCCUGGCCCCGAGGCGGCAAGGAGCCACUUCCUGCAAGCCGCCCUUGCUUGCAGCCCCGCGUGCCUGCCUGAUCUGGCCGCGCAUCCGGGCGCGCUGACAGUGGCGGCGGCCGCUGCUGUGUGCGCGCCACCGCGCUAUGGCGCCGCGGGACAAGGGCUGGAGCUGCUGGAGCAGCUGGCCGCCUGUGCAUGGCGCGACCAGGGCGGCGCGGAAGGUCAAGAUGGCGUCGUCAACAGCAGUAUUGGGACGACUUCCUGGUCCAAGCUGGACGAGCAGGCCUUGGCAUUGGUGCAUCCGACCUUCGAUGCCAAGGCGCGCGACGCGCUGCGCAUGCUGGAGCGGCACCCAGACGGCCGCAUCGCGGCCAGCGCGCGCGACGCGCAUGCCAUGCUGGUGGGGGCCCAGCUAGACGUGUUUGGGCUGGUUCGCGACGAGAGGACUGGGGACGACAGGCUGCAAAACGCGCAGCAGCGGCCAAUUUCAGGAGUUGGUGGAGCAGUGGCGGCGGCCGCAGCGGCGGCGGCACCGGCGCCGGCGGCAUCAGGGAGCCAGCCAGAGGGCCGUGAGGCGCAGGACGCCCUGGAGGAGCAGGACCAACAGCUGGGCGCUGACGGGUCAGUGUCAGCGGGAGCGCCGGCACCAGAGGCGGCAGCGCCAGUGGGCCAGCGCAGGGCGUCGCAGCCGCGCAGGGCCUGCGCCACGUGCGGGAAGGCCGCGGGCGAGGACGGUGUGAAGCUGCAGCGGUGCUCGGGCUGCGACGCCGCGCGCUACUGCGGCAAGGAGUGCGCCAAGGCAGGCUGGAAGGCGGGGCACCGCGAAGAGUGCAAGGCGGCGCAGCUGAAGAAGCAGCAGGCAAAGGCGGGGCAGGAGUGA